AUGGACGCCCUCGUCCAACGCUCCGCAUCUCGAUCUGCAUGCACCACUCACACUCGCUGCACGCCGCCACGGCGCAGCUCUCCAUUUAGGCCAGAACGCCCCGGGAAUACACCCCUCAGUCAACGGUUCAGUUCACCGCACCUCCGAUUGCGAGACGUAGUCAGAUGCACUACUCACUCGCUACACGCCAUCGCAGUGCAUCCAUCUCCUCAAUCCAGUUACCUACUCACGCUGACAACGCUCACGCCCACACUCUUAGCCAAUCAAUCUCACAACCUGUCUCACCCCUAA